GACAUCAAGAAGACGGCGAACAAAGUCCGCUCCAAGUUGAAAGCCAUCGAGCAGAGCAUCGAGCAGGAGGAAGGGCUGAACCGUUCCUCGGCCGACCUCCGCAUCCGGAAAACGCAGCACUCGACGCUGUCCCGCAAGUUCGUGGAGGUGAUGACGGAGUACAACGCCACCCAGUCCAAGUACCGCGACCGGUGCAAGGACAGGAUCCAGCGGCAGCUGGAGAUCACCGGCCGGACCACCACCAACGAGGAGCUGGAGGACAUGCUGGAGAGCGGGAAGUUGGCCAUCUUCACGGAUGACAUCAAAAUGGACUCGCAGAUGACCAAACAGGCCCUGAACGAGAUCGAGACGCGACACAACGAGAUCAUCAAGCUGGAAACGAGCAUCCGGGAGCUGCACGACAUGUUUGUGGACAUGGCGAUGCUGGUGGAGAGCCAGGGCGAGAUGAUCGACCGCAUCGAGUACAACGUGGAGCACUCGGUCGACUACGUGGAACGGGCCGUGUCGGACACCAAAAAAGCCGUAAAGUACCAGAGCAAAGCCCGGAGGGUGAGUGAUGGGGUGGGGUGGGCACGGCGUGGGGGGCUAACUACCCACCCACCCAACCGGCCUGUCACCCACCCGACCAACCCACCAACUGCCCGACAGCUCAGCCUCCUGCCCAAUCACCCGCUGACCCAACUGGCCAAUCAGCCACUUGCCCAACUGCCCAACCAACCAGCCAACUGCUCCUCCAAGCACCUGACCAACCACGACUUAGUCACCGCCCACCCGCUGGCCUGA